AUGGGAGAUUUCAUGUUGGAUACUCCGCCUGAGAAAUUCGUUAAGGAUUUCCAACGAAUUUGCACCAAAAACCCCAAUGUGACUCUGGACAUUCAGCUCUCGGAAUUGCGAAAGUACAGCCGCUGGUUCGACGCUCCGAUUCAUCGGAAGAUUCUAUACUUGGAUUCGUUGAACGAGGAGCAGAAAAGCAUUCUGAUCGGUUUGAAUCCAUCGUUCAGAAAGUGGAUUUACACCACAUCUGCACUCACUUCUGUCACAAUUGAGUCAAAGAUGGUUGAGCCGACAGAAGAGCCGUUUGUCGAGGAUGAUCCAUCGCGAACGAAAAAAAGUAAAAGAGGGAGAAAACUGGAAACUGGAACGUAUCGUUAUGGUCAGUAUACUGCCAAACUAGGGAGAAUCGUGUCUGUCAAGACGAGCGAUGACGUUGUCAUCAAGCAGCAUCAGGUUUGGAAGUUCGAGUUCUGGGAGACAAAGGAUUAUAAGAAUUUCUGCAGAAGUCAAAUCAUCGAGGUGACUCCGAAAACACCAGCACCGUCAACUGAACCACAGAUAGAACAACUGGGAGAAGACGGAUGGAUUCAGGAGACUUCUCGAAAACUUGUCGGCUUCAUGAAUGCUCUGGAGGAUAACUUCGCCGAGGAGCUGGACAUUGGACUCACAAAUUGGUCGACUGUCGUUGAGCUGAACAACAAAUUCAGAAACGUUCGAAGCCUCAGAAUCGUUCACAGCACGCCCGGUGCCACGAAUUGGUGGAUGAGUCAAAUCAAAAUGAUGAAGACGAUUCCUGAAAUCACAAUGCUGAGAAACUAUAACGGAGAGGACCCGAUCGAAGCCGAAUACCGCAAGACUCACAAGUUCAAAAACUGUGAAGCGAUGCCGUACAUCAUUCCGUUCCCUAAACGAGAAGCACCGGUUUGGAUCUUCUGGGCUCGAAAACUUACUUUCGAGAACACCAUUGAGAAUUCAAUCACUGAUUUCACUCACAUGCACUCACUGGCUGAGGUGAACCUGAAACGAUUCAAGCUUCCCGCUCAGGAACUUGCUUAUUUUAUCAGAAGAUGGGGAAAUGGUGAUAUUGGACAUCGUCUGGAGCGUGUCGUUAUCGACAUGGAUUAUCCAUCAGAUUUCACUAAACUUCGCGAAGAACAUGAACAUCGGAAUGUCAAACGAUUCGUUGGGGAGAACGAGCUGUCGGAAGUGUUUGCUGAUCAUGCCAAAUUGGAGACCGCUGAUGUGUAUCUGUUGCAACGCGUUCUGACCAUACACGGGAGAAGAAAGUAUCAUAUCACUGAACACUCUGACUGCUCUCGUGCUGAAUCUGGAUAUAGUUCCUACGGCUCCGGGUCUGACCGAGGUGCCUCCAGUGAAGGUUCCGGUCAUUCUAGCCCUAUCCCUGACUCGGAAGAAUCUCAAAGUCAGUACCACACAUACGGAGGCUACGCAGUGUUGGAAUUGUCGAAGGACAACAAAAGAGUCGUUUUCACAGCCGUUCGAGACCAAGUGUCUGCUAAAGAAGCCGUGAAGAAGCGCCCGCUUCCCAUUGAAAAAAAACAACGCUUGAAUAACUAA